UGUUUCGUCAUAUGUUUUCAUAAUUGUCAGCUAGGCUAAUUGUUUGCCGGCGACUUGGUUGCCAAGGAACUAGAAAUAAAGUCGCAGAGACCAGCAGCAACUUUGUUUCUAGUCUCUUGGCAACCAAGUCGCCGGCAAACAAUCACGUGCGUAAGCGUUUACAAAUUUCAGUGUUCCCAGUGGCGUCAACGAUUUCUCUCGUUCUCUUAUACUUUUCGACGAGAAAGAUUAUUGUAUCGAAUUUAGUUGCUUCAGUCACUCGAAACGGGCACAAUGUCUUUAAGUAUUGCAACUAGAAUGAAUGUGUGGGAUUAUUAUAUGAAACUGCCGAAUUUGAAAGCACAAUGCAAGUUUUGUGAAAAUAGAUACGAUUAUAUAACCCCCAUAAACUUCCAAAGACAUAUAGAAACUCAACAUCAAGAAAUUUGGAAAUACGAAGAAAAACGAAAACUGGAAUGUUAUCUGGAUUCUCAUAUAAAAAGGAUACAUUCGGACAAAUUAAAAAAUAUGCUAGAAACAUGUAAUACAGUUGAUUCGUCAGAAUCAGUCUCAUUACAUCAAACGGACACGAUGUCACUUAGACAUGUAGGAACUCAACAUCCAGAAAUUUGGAAAUAUGAAGAAGAAAGAAAAUUGAUGAAAUGGCCAUGGAUGUAUUUUAAGUAUCUUAAUAACUUAUAUUCACAAUGUGUUAUUUGUUGUGCAAAUAUUCUAUCUACAUCUGAAUGUGUAAAAGAUCAUUUGAAUUCACAUUCUGAAGAGCAACAAAAGAAUUAUUAUAUAUAUCGAGUUUGGCCAUGGAAAUAUUGCACACAAAGAGGUGACUUUAUAGUGAAAUGUAAUAUUUGUUGCAACAAUUUGUCUCUUUCUGUAUGCAGUCAUCUGGAUUCUCAUAUAAAAAAGAUGCAUUCAGAUAAAUUGAAAAUUAUGCAAGAAACACACAACACAGUCAAUUCAUCGAAACAUGUUUCAUCAUUUGAAAUGGACCCAAUGUCAUUAAAAGAUAGUUGCAUCGAGAUAUCCAAUUUUUGGGUACAUAUUAAAGAAAUGCAUAAAAAAAUUUUUAAUCUUGAAGAAAAAUUUCGAAGUUUACAUGGACCAUCAAGAACAUACUUUAAAUAUUUCAACUCAAUGACUUUGAUGUGCAUCAUUUGUAACAAAAAUGUUUUAUUUUUAUCUGAAUGUUUAGAAGAUCACUUAUACUCGCAUUCUAGAGAAGAGUUAAUAAAACAUACAUUUCAUCAUUGGCUAUGGAAAUAUUGUGAAAAAAAAAAUAAUUUUGUGGUGGAAUGUGAUAUUUGUCACAACAACUUUUUUCUUUCUAAUGAAACUCCUCUGGAUCAUGAAUAAAAGUGACAUUUGGAUAAAUGGAAAAAUACGACGGAAGAAACACAUGACACAGUUGAUUAGUCAGUACACGUUUCAUCGAUUAAAAUGGAUACAAUGUUUAUGUUAUUAAAAGAUUGUUAUUAUUUUCGAAAUGUCCAACUUUGGACUUUACAUAUAAAAAAAUGUAUGAAGAAAUUUUUAGUUUUGAAGAAAGAUACAGAAGUUUAUAUGAGGAAUCAUCAAAAAUAUGUUUUGAAUACUCCAACUCAUUGGAAUUUUGAUAAAAAUUUGAUUUUUAUCUGGAAGUUUAGAAGAUUAUGUAUACGCUUGCAUUCUGAGAAACAAUUUAAAAAAUAUAUAUUUCACAAUUGGCUAUGGAGAUAUACCAAAAGAUGAUGAUUUUGAAACAGAUUGUAAUAAUCGUCACAGAAACAUAUCUGUUGCUAAAACUCAUUUAAAUUUUUUUGUUUUUUAUUUCCUUUGUACAGUCUCCUAUCUCUUGCUAGGAUACCAUUUCAUGUCACAUUAGUAUUGGGCUUGGAUAAGAUAUACAUCCAUUGAUGCACUGGAUUUAGUGGUAACUCAUUUAUGAUGACCACAUUAAAGAUGAACAUCAUUGAGCAAGUAAACUAAACUAAUGGAUAAAAAAAUAGCAAUUUAUCCAAAAAUUGAUGACGGGAAUGAUGAUCUUCAAGUAGCAUCGCAAUCAGCAAUAAUAGCAGUCCUGAUUUUGAUUAUUGAAAUUUAUUUAAAGAUGGAUACUACAAGAAUAUACGGAUACAAGUAUAUA